UAAAAGAGCCUGACGUCCGCGAAAGAAACCGCUCCGCAAGACGCCUUCUCCAAACUUUGAGAUUGUCCCCGCGGCUAUCAGCGGACGUUGAUCUUGAAACCACUACAAGGAGAGCGCAUCACAGACACCGCCGGCCAGUAGAUAUCAAGACGUCCAGACCUCAACAUCUCGAGAUGAUGUCCUUGCGCAGUGCAGCGGUGCUUUUGCUUGCAGUCUACGCCUACGCAAGUCCCGGCCACAUCGACUUCGUGCUGGAUCAGCUGCUGACCAGCGCCGGCGUAGACGUGCUUCCGCUUCCGGACAUCUCGUUCGACGUGGACAACCAGCACAACUGGACAUUCGCGGGCUACGUCGAGUUUCACCUGCAGAACGGUACAUUGGUCAACCUUCGCAGAAGAGUGCGACGAAUCGGAGACUGCGGACUGCGCGGAGACCAGGAAAACGGCGCCCCCUUUGUCGAGCUCUGGUGCAACUUGAACCUACGGGGUGUCGUCGCUCAUUACGACGUCGAGGUAAUCGUCGACGACCGAUCCAACACGGUGGUCGCUGAACUGCUCGUCGACACCGGCAACAUCUACUUCAAGCUCGAGGCACGCCAGGACAACUGCACAGAAUGUUCGCAAAUUACGGAUUUCCAGGUGACCGAGGUGACAGCCAGAAUGAAGCCUCUGGCACAAGACAUGGAUUACCUCGCCGAAGUCAGGCAGAAGUUUGAAAGCGAAGUAGUCUCUCGGGCACCGAGGCACAUAUCCUACGCAUUCAGCACGGCGUACAAGCGGGCGCUGGCUGAUAAGAUCUCCCCGUUGAAAGCCACAGACUUCACUGAUCUAGCCUAGAAUAAGACAGGGGAAUUUCGAAUCUGUAUCUAUAAC